AUGGUUGGACAACUUCGUGAAUUCAGUUAUAAUAUUACUAGCAUUGAUGAAAAAAGUGAUAGUGACGUAAUGAUUAAAAAGUGUGUUGAACAGUAUUGCACUAUUAUUAAAUGUCGAAAUAAUUUGCAAAAGGUUUUUGGACCCAUUGUACUUUGGAUUAUGUGUACAAAUGCAGUAAUUCUUUGUAUGGUGAUAUUUCAGAUAACAAAUAUGAAAACCAUCUCCAAAGGACGAGCAUUUUUAUUCGCUUCAUACACUUCUCUAAAGUUAACCCAAGCAUUUUUGUAUGCUUGGGCAGGGACAUGUUUAACUACAGAGAGUGAAAAUUGUGGAGAUGCUGUAUAUGAUUCCAAUUGGCACGGAAAACAACGUUUUAUGACUUCGGUUACUAUAAUGCUCACACAAAAACCAAUUAUCAUGACUGCUUGUAAUUUCGCAACUGUGUCACUAGAUAUUUUUGUCAUGAUUGUUAACACAACUAUAUCUUACUUCUUUUUAUUAAGAACACUUGAACAAGCUUAA